GCAUAAAAGAAGAGAAGGACCCUUUCCCUUCCUCCCACCCAGUUCUUCCUCUCCUCCCUCUCUUAUCCUCGCCUCCGUUCUCCGAUCCAUCUACCUCUUCAAGAGUACCCUUCUCCUCCUAUCGAUCUUCUUUUCCACUGGGUCAUCGAUUCGGAUCCUUUCCAGAUUUCCUUCAAUUCGCCUCCAUCUUGAGGGGUUUUCUUUUUGUUUGAUUGUUUCUCCGAUCUCCGGUGGGCUGUUCUCGUUUUUAUUUUUAUUUUUUGGGUUUGCGAUGGGGAGAGGGAGAGGAGCCGUUGCCGCAGCCGGGAAUACUAAACCAGCGGUGGUACCCAAUGGAUCUGUAAAAGAACCGAGAUACAGAGGCGUCCGGAAGAGACCGUGGGGUAGAUUCGCUGCCGAGAUCAGGGAUCCUUUGAAGAAGAUGAGGGUUUGGUUGGGUACCUUCAAUUCCGCCGAGGAUGCGGCCCAGGCUUACGACACCGCGGCCCGCAGAUUCCGCGGACCCAAGGCGAGAACCAAUUUCCCUCUUAAUUCCACACACGGUACGCCUUUCCCUUAUGAAAACCCCGGCCAUCCUUUCAUGGAUCGUCGGCUUUACCCUCUCGGCGAAUUCCAAGAUCACGAAGUGAAUCCCCAGAGACCCACCAGCAGUAGCCUGAGUAGCACAGUGGAGUCGUUCAGUGGACCCAGACGGCCUCAGAAAUUGGCGAAUAUUGCGGCGGUUUCGCGAAUGUAUCCUCGGAGUCCACCGAUGGCGCCUGAGGAUUGCCACAGCGACUGCGGUUCAUCUUCAUCGGUGGUUGAUGAUGGAGAUAUCGCCUCUUCUUCCUUGCAGAAGCCAUUGCUGUUUGAUCUCAAUUUUCCGCCGUUGGAUGAGGUUGAUUUUGCGGCCAACGAUCUCCAGUGCACCGCUCUCUGCCUCUGAUGAUGGUGACGAUAGAUAUUCCUGAUGAUGAGUUCUUCAUUUUUUUAUAUCUAUAAAAAACAAAAAUGUAUUUCAUUUGAUUAGAGGAGGAAAAAAGAAAUUAAGAUUAAGAUUAGAUGAGAUGAUCUUUAAUUAGAGUAGUAUCAAAUAUGAUCCUUUUAUUUUUAUCAUAUAUAUAUUUAUAUAUAUAUAUAUGUUGAUUUGGGAUUGUGAUGUUAUG